AUGCAGAAAGUCAACAGGAGCGCCGUGCUGGCCCUGCUCAGCGCCGCCAGCCUCCUCUUCCUCCUCUUCCAGCUCUACUACUACCGCUCGCACCUGGCGCUGAAGAAUGGAGCAGGUUUCUCAAAAGGCAGAGGAAGCCAGUCGGGUCAGGACAGCACCAGAUGGCAUGUGGUUAAGAAGUUCCUAGGUUUGAUAUCCAGUCAAAAUAUACCAGUGUAUUUGAUUGAUCCUUUGGUGCUGGGACUGAUUGAUAAAGACAUUGAACAGAUCAGAACUACUUCUGAUGGCCCUAGUCCAGAAUGCAAGUACUUCUGUGCUCCAAGAGACUUCACUACAUUUGCACUGUUGGACAAGACGUGGAAACAUGAAGUGGACCUUUUUAGAACUGCAGAGAGGAUGGGCUUCCAGUGGCUGAGGAUCCUACACAAGGACCCGCGCCUGGAUGGGAUGGACGACCUGUCCGGGACGGAAAUCCCCUUGCACUACAUCUUCAAACUGGCCUCCCAUGCCAUUCACCUGGUCGUCUUUUACGAGAGGAGCGGCCACUACCUCUGGCACGGCCCUUUGCGGCUCAAGCAGCACAUGGACAGAAAGUUUGUGCCUUUCAGGAAGCUCCACUUCGGUCGCUACCCGGGCGCCUAUGAAAAGCCUGAACUUCUGCCUGUUUCYCUUGAUGACUUAAAAGUUCAAAUUCCCCAAAAUCCGUCCAAUUUUCUUGAGGAGAUACCACACUCUAGAUUUCUUGAAUGUAGGUACAGAGAAGCUCGGGCUUUCUUUCAGCUGUACCCUGAUGACGCCUCUCUGGAGGCAGUGGAGUUCAGGAAAAGGGCAAAAUCCUUGCUGCAUCUGGCUGCCCUAACACUGAAUAACUUAGGAGUAACGUUCUGGCUGAGCAGUGGAACCUGCCUUGGCUGGUAUAGACAGUGCAAUAUCAUUCCUUACAGCAAAGAUGUGGAUUUGGGGAUCUUUAUAAAGGACUACAAAGCAGAUAUCRUUCCAGCAUUUCAGAAAGCAGGAUUACCACUGAAGUACAAAUUUGGCAAGGUAGAAGACAGCCUGGAACUCUCUUUCCAGGGAGAAGGUGAUAUAAAACUUGAUAUUUUUUUCUUCUAUGAAGAGGAUGACUACAUGUGGAAUGGAGGAACUCAGGCCAAAUCGGGCAAGAAAUUUAAGUACCUCUUCCCCAAGUUCACUCUGUGUUGGACUGAGUUUGUGGAGCUCAAGGUGCACGUGCCCUGCGAAACGCUGCAGUACGUGGAAGCCAACUACGGCCCGGGCUGGCGGGUGCCCGUGAGGACCUGGGACUGGAAGAGCUCCCCGUCCAACGUGCAGGACAACGGCGUGUGGCCCCUCGAGGAGUGGGAUGAAGUCAUUCAAACCUACUGAUCCCCUGCCGUCCUGGAAGCUCUUGGUAAUUUUCCUUCUCCUUAAGGAGCGACACCUGUGUUUUCCUGCUAAUCCUGCAUUCUAGAAUUCUCCUGCCAUUGAAACACUGGAGUAAAAUAAUGCAUCUUCUAACAAAAACUUGUGUCAUGCUGGCUCUUCAGGCUGUUAUGGUGACCUCGUUGGCUUUCCUGAUUAGAAAGAAAGAGAUGUAAAGUUCUACUGAUGUCAUUUUACUUGAUGAAGUAAACCUUGCCUCAUAAGGGAUAAUUUCUCAGGUAGAAUUUUUUGUUUUUUUUUUCCCUUAAAAUGGCAAAAAGCAAUGUCCUGAUGAUUUUGGUAUUCAGAAUUCUGACAUCACUAAGCUCUUUAUUAAAAUAAUGUAUAAUAAGACUCUUGAGUUUUGCAGAUGUGGUGGAACUUUGAAUGAAAGAGAGGCUACUAUCAGAAAAUUACAAUCUUGUCAAAUUUUUGACUUUGUACUUGUAGAUGGAAAGACUAACAGAAAAAAUGCAUGUCCUUGUGGGAGAGGAUGUCUUAAAUAUUUGUCUGUAACUGUGUAUAACUUCAGCUUAAAAUAUUUUUCUCUUCAGAAGAUACAGAUCUGUAUUUAACGUGAAUUAAAAGAAUGAAAGUCUAAUUUACACCUGAAUAUGUUGACUCAUCCUUUGUUUUUGUCAUCUUGGUCAGUAUUUAACACACUCCAUUGCAGUUAUUGUAAAAUAACACAUUUU